CGCCUGCUGCUGCAGUCCGAGCCCGCCGCCUCCACGCCCGCCGUGCCCGCCGCCCCCGCGCCCGCCGCGCCCGCCCCCGCCGCCGGCCUGCCCGCCACCGACACGCGCGUGCUGACCGAGGACGAGCAGGUGGCCGAGGCCGAGCGCCGCCUGCCCUCGCUGCCGCUCGCCUACUGGAACAAGCACAAGAACGACAAGAACAAGUUCUACAAGAAGAAGGACUGCGCCCCCUUCCCCUCCGUGUACGACCUCGAGUUCCACAACACGUACUGGCAGACGUUCCACUCGACGCAGGGCGUGUUCCACUUCUACGGCGCGUACAUGGACGCGCGCAACACGUCGCGCAUCGGGCCGGCCGUGCGCGUGCUGGCCGUGCACGACCGCAUCAAGCCGACGCUGGCCACGCACUGCCAGCUGUGGUUCGAGGAGCGCGAGGCGCCCGUGGUGGUGCGCAACUUGGAGUACAAGUACGUGUGGAACAGCAAGUGGGGCAACUACCGCGACCACGUGCUGCAGCCCUACCUGCUGGCCUGCGUGCUGCCGGCCGACGUGCGCCACCUCACGCCGGCCUCCGUGUCCAUCGUGGAGAGCCCGUGCGACCGCGCCACCAACAACCUGCGCGUGCACUACGAGCGCCCGGCCGCGCGCAAGGACUUCGCGGUCUGCGUCAAGGGGCUCGACUUCCUGCACGAGGACCUCUCCGUGCGCCUCGUGGAGUGGAUCGAGCUGGUGCGGCUGCUGGGCGCGGACAAGAUCUUCUUCUACGAGCUGCAGGUGCACCCGAACAUCACGAAGGUGCUGGACUACUACGCGGCGCGCGGCGACGUGACCGUCACGCCGAUCACGCUGCCGGGCGGCCAGCCCAACCUGCCGGGGCUGCAGCACAUGUAUCUGAAGAAGAAGACGACGCACAAGCGGCAGAUGGAGCUGAUCCCGUACAACGACUGCCUGUACCGGCACAUGUACGAGUACCGCUGGCUGGCGCUGCUGGACAUCGACGAGGUGAUCGUGCCGCUGGAAGACGCCGACUGGGCCGGGCUGCUGCGGCGCGUGCUGCCGCUGGCCGCGCCGGCGCCCGGCAAGCCCGCGCGCUCCUCCUACCACGCCUCCAACCUGUACUUCCUGGACUCGCUGCGCCACGAGCACGGCUGGGAGGACGGCGUGCCGCGCUACAUGCACAUGAUGCAGCACGUCUUCCGCACAAGGAACUUCACCAAGCCGGGACAAUACGUUAAGGCGUUCCACGAGACGGAGCGCGUGCUGGCGCUGCACAACCACUUCCCGCUGGCGUGCCUGGGCGGCGCGUGCUCGUCGUACGCGCUGGAGCACGAGCACGCGCGCCUGCAGCACUACCGCGCCGACUGCGUGCGCGCGCUCAGCAAGUCGUGCGGCGAGCUGAGCGCGCAGCCCGUGCGCGACACGGCGCUGUGGCGCUGGCGCGAGCCGCUGGUGGCGCGCGUGGACGCGGCCUUGCGCGCGCUCGCCUUCCUGCCGCCGCACCGGUGACCGCCCGCGUCCGACCCCGCCGCCCUGCGUCCGCCCGAGCGGCCGCUCCCGACUGGAACUUGAGCUAGUUCCACGCUUGGGAGCCUCCGCCGAACUCGUCCCUGGAACCUGCUGCUUUGCUUCGGUUCGGCGCCGCUGCUGAACCAAUUUAAAUUGCGGCUUCCCGAGGAUGUGCUGUAUACGUAUAUUUUUCUGUGAUGAUGUGAAAAACGUUUCGAGUAGUUUAGUAGUUGUAAAACGUAUGUAAGGCGAUCAGUGAACAUGCUUUCUUUACAUACCGAUUUGUAUAGGCACAUUCUUGGGAAAUAGUAUUCGGUUUUAAUGAGUGACGCUCACGCGAUUUUGUGACUCGAGCGUAAUUCCAAGCGUAUAACGAAAUUAAUUAAAAAACCUAGCUAUUCUAUUCAAAUUUAAUAUACAUAGGUUGCGUGUUAAGUAACAAGGUAAAGCAGCAGUUUCAUGAUUUAAAAUAGGUGAAAGACGCUAGUAGUCGGUAGUGCUGUCCUUAGUCUCGGCCGCCCAGCCGCGCCGCCCGCCCAGCCCGAGGGCGGUUUCGUACGCUUAGUCCUUUAUGUAUUAAAUGCUAGUAUUAUGUUUACUUUUAAAGUUCAACUUGGCUUAUUCUUUAUGUACAAAAUAUGGUGAGAAAUCGGUGAAACAUAAAUAAUAAGUAUUAGUGAAAGCAGCACCUUCCCGAGGUAGCCUGAGAGCUCGGCGUCAGGCGUUAGUGUAUGAACUUAUUUAUCUUUCUCCAUUGUCCUUGUCAUGUUCCUAUGAAUGCAGCGUGUGUCCAGUUAUGAAGUCCUCUAUUGGGUGAUAUUUUCAGAAAUAUGGCAUUUAUGUGAAAAAACGACCUCUUAGGUAUGAUUUGUUGUAAAUUGUACCUUUAUCAAUAUUUUGAUUCAGAAAUCAUACAUAUCACAUGAUAGAAAUAAUUUAUUAUUACAUUGAAAACCACUAGGUUUUAAAAAUGUAAGCAAGAAACAUUUUAGCCCUGAUAAUGAAACCUACUUAAUUUUAGUACAAUUUACUUCCGUAGCUUGGAGAGCUUGUGUGGAGGCGUAGUUGUAUUUCGAGUCAAUGUAGGCAAGUGAGUGACUGACGUGUCUUGGAUUCAAAUCCCAUUUAUAAUUUUAUAACGAUGUACUAAUGGAAUUUGGAUUGUGUAAAUAGUAAAUAAAUAAAUAUUUUAAACAUA